GUGAGCGGCAGUUCUGUGGAUGGAAAUGCCUUGUUGAUGAGAGAGGUCAACAGAGAAUGACCAGACUGGUUUGAACUGACAAAGUCUACGGUAACUCAGAUGCUGUUUUGGCGACACGAGGGGGACCUACACAAUAUUAGGCAGGUGGUUUUAAUGUUGUGGCUGAUCGGUGUAUGGACCAAGAACAUUGUUCCUUGUGCUUCUGAGUGUGUGUGGCUCAAUCUCUUCCCCAGACUCCAGGCUGAAUUUCCCUGGCUGACGUCAGUUGACUGUUUUGGCUGCACUAAGCGCUCCGGACACAGCGCUGCCGCUGCUGUAAAAAUGCUGCUCUCCGUGCCGCCAAGGACAGGAAUCAACGCAUAUAACGGCUAUACCGGCAGAACCAGUAAAAAGGCAUAUGCAUCCUCCACCCAGCAGAUGGCCCUGCCCAGUCCUAACACCACCACCACCAGCUGUAAUGGAAGCAGUAGCAGUGGGGACCAGCUGAGCAAAACCAACCUGUACAUCCGUGGUCUGCAUCCAGGAACCACAGACCACGACUUGGUCAAACUAUGUCAACCCUAUGGAAAAAUAGUGUCUACCAAGGCCAUCCUUGACAAGACCACCAACAAGUGCAAAGGCUAUGGCUUUGUGGAUUUCGACAGCCCGGCCUCAGCGCAAAAAGCAGUGACAGCGUUAAAGGCCAGUGGAGUUCAAGCUCAGAUGGCAAAGCAACAGGAACAGGACCCUACCAAUCUGUACAUCUCCAACCUGCCUCUAUCUAUGGACGAGCAAGAGUUAGAGAGCAUGCUCAAGCCCUUCAGUCAAGUCAUCUCCACACGCAUCUUACGCGAUGCUAAUGGCACCAGUCGUGGAGUGGGAUUCGCCAGGAUGGAAUCGACUGAGAAAUGUGAGGCCAUCAUUCAACAUUUCAAUGGCAAAUACAUCAAGUCUCCUCCUGGAGUAGCAGUGCCUACAGAACCCUUACUGUGUAAAUUUGCCGAUGGUGGACAGAAGAAGCGUCAGAUUCAGGGGAAAUAUCACCAGAAUGGGCGACAAUGGCCAAGAGAUGGCGAGACUUGUGGGAUGACGCUAACAUAUGACCCUACCCCUGCUUUACAAAAUGGGUUUUUCUCUCCUUCCUACAGCAUUGGUCCAAACAGAAUUAUUGCACAGACUUCUAUCUCUCCAUACAUGCACUCACCUGUAUCCACCUAUCAGGUUCACAAUCCGUCCUGGAUACAUCAUCAUCAAUCUUACGUCAUGCAUCCCACAGGUACCGUCCUCACACCCACAGUGGAUCACACCAUGACCAUCCAGCCCACUGCCAUAAUGCCUCUUACACAGCAGCUCAGCCAUCUAACCCUUGGCAGCACUGGCACAUAUAUGCCUGCAAACACAGCUAUGCAAGGGACCUACAUACCACAAUACGCCCAAGUGCCUCCCUCAAGUGUUACUGAGGAGAAUAGCGUCCAACAGCAGCAGGUUGCCAUGGAGACGCCCACAGACCACACAACAUACUCUUACCAGCAGGGCAAGUGAAGAGGAGAGAGAUGGAGGACGCUGGAUAUUGAAUAACCUCUGCUGGCAUGAAAAGAAUUGGACAUUAUGAAAAGGAAUUGAGAAGCUUAUCUCCUUCCAAUUAAAGGAAGAGGACAUUUAUUGUGACUAUUUUUGGAGAACACCCGCUGAUGCUAAACUUAAUUUAGUAACAGAAAGAAAGACUUGGAUGGAGAAGGCUGUGACUACAAAACGUCAUAAGUUCACAAGCAAGUAAGCUAUUUUUAACACAAAGACUUAUGUAUAUGUAUAUAUGUAUAUAUAUAUAUAUAUAUAUAUAUAUAUAUAUAUAUAUAUAUAUAUAUAUAUAUAUACACACACACACACACACACACACACACACACUCCAACACACUUGAGAAAUAUUAUUUUUCUGCAGCUUUAUUUUCUAAAAUAUUCUGCAAAGCCAGAAUGAAACAAAGACAAUGUUACAGCACCAAGGGUCAUUUUAAUUUGAUGUAAUAUCUUUUUGUAAAAAACAAAAAAGAUUUGUUGACUGCUUUUAAAAUGUUUGCUGCAGGAGGGAUUUUGUACAUAAAAAAAUGUUUUUGCAAAGAUCUUGCUGCAUUUUUCUUGCAUAUCAGUUUUAAGGAAAUGUCAAGGAACCUGCUUAAAUGAGCAGUUAAGUCAUUGUUUUAAUAGAUCUACAGAAACAAAAUGUGCUGUAUUAAAGUUGUAAAUGCACUCAUUAUUUCAAGCAGUUUGUGUCCAGCCAAAGGAGAUUGAAUUCUGAAGACCUUGUAUCCCCUUAAGCCCCUUAAAAAAAAUGUCCUUUUUUUCCCUUUCAAAAUGCUGCUUUAUCUUGUAAGUUAGGUCAUGCUCUGUUUAAAUGCUGAGAUUUAUUUUUGUAUUUGAAGAUAAUUUUUUUUAAGAAACUUUCAAAGAGAAGCUAUUUGGGUGAUAAACCUUUUUUAUGGGUUUGUUUUCAUGUCAACGGUUCUGUCACAUAUGUGGUAUGUAUUUUCUUUUAUGCAUUGUAAGGAGUGCUCCAUUGUAAUGUAGGCCUGUAAAUUAAUUUCUUGCCUUGGUGAACUUUAAUAAUGAGGAGUGUGUGUUCUUUGGUCUUGGGCCCCUGAGAUAUAAAAUGGCAACAUAAUGAAAACCACAACAGUUCUUUCCUAAUUAGUGGAACACUCCUUCAGUUUGUUGCCUUUAUGAGGUACAAGAUUCAAGAAUGGAAUAGUGAUUACUUGUA